AUGAAAACAAAUCAGAAAUGUUUCUUCUUCCUUCUGAGCAAAAGGCAUUAUAACCCCCCAAGCAAAAGGAAAUGGAGUAAGCAAAACGAUAAAUACAAAACGAGGAGGCCCCUGGCGGAGAAUUCAAAUGUGCACAAAAUUAACAUUAAGGGGGAAUACUGGAAGCAGAAACAUGUGAAUAAACAGUUUGUUGUGGAAGAUGCGAACCAAGAUAUGAUAAAUGAAAAGACAAGUUUAAAUUUUUUUGGAUAUCCAAAUAUAUCGCUGCAUAGCAAGUUGGGGGGAAGUUUGUAUAUUGAGCAAAUGGACGAAAUAACUCUAUGUGUAAUUAUGAAUAAAUGCAUAAAAGAGAACAUUGUGGAUAGUUUCAUUUGGAAAAAUAUUCUUAACAGGUGCACAAGAAUUGCACACAAAGUAAAUGGAAAUGUGUUAAGCUAUAUAUUUAAGUACGCCUCGCAGGCACUUUUUUAUAACCACUAUUUUUUUCUCACCAUGCUUGGGAAUAUCUCUACCAAUUUGUACUCCCUAAAUAUAAAAAACUGCGCGAAUAUACUCUAUGCAAUGAAUAAUAAUAUCAAUUAUUAUAAUGAAGAAGUGUACAAAAAGGUGGUCGAACACAGUUCCCUGCUUAUCUUGAACAGAAACGACAUCGACGUUAAUAGUGUGCUAAGUCUAAUAAGCUCCUUUUACACCUUUAAUAGUAGUGCCACAAAUGGGUGCAAGUCCUACAGCGGGAACUGCUUAAAUAUCAGGAAAAAUGUGAACAGCGCGUAUUUACUGUUCGAUAGCAUUUCGAAAACCUUUAAUAGGUACGAUCUGGAUUUGAGUGAAAUUGACUCUGUGUGUUCGGCUCUCCUUGUGUAUUGCCAACUAGAUAGGGUCAACUUGUUCUUCCAGGAGAGGAACAGAAAUGUGGUAGACAAAUUAGUAAACUACCUGAACGACAAUAUUGAAAAGUUAAAUAUAAAGCACAUAUCCAUUUUAUGCUUUGCCGAUUGUAUUUUUACCAAGGGAAAAUUUUUAAAGUGGAAUUAUAUUUUCGCAAAAAUUGAAAAGGAGUAUUACAUGCUUGAUAACAACUACCUGAGCAUUUUGCUCUACGCACUGAAGGACAAACUUGUACAACGGAAGAGGAUUUACAAAAUUAUUUACAACCAUAUUUUGAAUGAUCUAAGUAACACUUCAUUGGAAAAUAUAUCCCUGGUGACAUACCCCUUUUUGAAAUAUGGUGUCUUGGAAGAAGGGUACAAUAGAUGGGGACGAAACGGCAGUAAGAACCAUUCACAAAAGGAGAGCGCGAAGAAGGUGUACGAUAAAGGGGAUGAAGUAGACACCUGUGAAGAGAAAGGUACCCAAAAUUUGGAAGUAAAAUUAAGCCAUUCUUUUCACCUAUUUAACGAUUUCCUGUACGGCAAGGUGAAAUACAAUAUAAAUAACUUUACCCUAUUUCAAGUGUACUUAUUUUUUAAAGGAUUGUACGAAUCCAAGUUCACAAAUGAUAAAGUAGAGCAGUUAAAGAAAGAGAUCAUCAAACGAAUAUGUAGAGAUGUGCAUACCAUGCCAGCCUAUUUAUUAACAUACUGUAUGAAAAUUGUUACGGACAACAGCGUACGGGAUAGCGAAUUAAUAUCCUUGUUGAAGGAUGUGAGUUUGGUGUACCUGCAUAUGUAUAAGAAAAUUUACCUGCGCGAUGUGGACUAUACUAUCAACGAAGGUUCCACAUUGAUAGAGGAUUACUACAGUAGUGUGGGGAAGGAUGAAGACCCAUCAAAGAGCGACAUAAUCUUUCUGUACAAUGAGAAAAAAAAGGAAGUGAAUUAUUUAUCCGAAAAGUAUGUAAUAGAUUUGAAUUUAUUCAAUCCUGAAUUUAAGUACCUGCGUGAAAAGUUUGGAAUUGAAAGGGAACAAAUUGAAAAGACGCUUACACAUUCGCAGAACUUUUUUUUUAAUUAUUAUUUGAGGGAAAAGCAGCUAGCCAAUUUUUUUUACUUUUCUAUCAUGGUAGAGGAGAAUGAGGCUUUAUCAUAUUUUAAAGAAGUUAAGCAAGUUGUGCAGGAUCGAAUGGCACGUGGAGAAUUGAAAUUCAGUCCACCAAGCAUUCUGCGCAUAUUAAGAUCUAUGGAUCAUCUGCACAUGAUUCAGAAGGACAAUGUCUUUUUUUGCGCCCUGUUGCGACAGCUUUGCGAUGAGAUAUACUCCCUGGAUCUUUCUACCUUUUUGCAAUUUCUAUCGAUAUUUCAUAAGAACAGAAUUUCCCACUAUUACUUUUUGAGGAAGGCCAGAUACAUAGUUAACAUGAACAGGUAUGAAUUUAGCAGUAGUUCACUGCUGAACGUUAAAAAUAUGAUUUUCGAAUUAAGCAAAAUUUUGUGA